CAACAGUAAAAUUCUAAUUAAAUAAAUUAUAUUAUAUUUAAGUGAAAUACAUGCUUCAAGAAAAUUUUAUUUGUUUGAAAAUUUAUAUUUAUUCAUUUUUUCUUAUAAUAUUUUUGUUUGAUUGGUUCAACGACCUAAUUUUUUUGUUGGACUACCAGUAAUGAAAACAAACUAUGCUAUGUAACUGUAUAUCAACACGUUGGAUAUAUGCGAUCAUGAAUUGUAUAUACGUGUAAACAUAUGUGAAGGUUGAAUGAUUCUUAUUUUCAAGUGAACUUAAAGAAAACAAUGCAUUUUAAUCUUAUGAAAGAAAAGAAAAUGUAAUCGAUUCGUUAAAUUACGCAGAAAUUGUUCAAAACAACGGUAAAGUCUUUUUCCUCAAUUUUCAGAUAGAAAAACUUAAACAAUGUUAACAAAAGUUUUGAACUAUUCCAUGUACGAAAAUAUUUCUAUAAAAUAGUUACUUAUCUAUUCCUUAAUUGCGUAUUAAAUACCAAAUGUAGUUUAUGCGUACAUUCUUCGUAUAUUUUUUUUAUAAAUAUGUUCGUAUAUAGCUGCAUGCAUACAAAACAUUAAUGUUUAAAAGCUACUUAUUGUAGCGUAUAAACCAUAGUUAUUGAAAUUUGCUGUAGAUUUCAAGCACGAUAUAGUUUUACGGCACAAUUUCUGUAUAUGUACAUGUUUUCUUGUUUUGAAAAUGUGCAUUUAUCGAAAAUAAUACAAAAAGUUAAUUUUAUAUAACAUGUAUUUUUCACGUAGAUAAUUAAUUAUUGUCAUGCAUAAUAAAUUAUUAUUAUAUUAUAUUUCAUCACGGAAGAUGUGUCUUUUAUAGUGCUAUAUAUAAAACUGUUACACAGUGCAUAGACACUACCGUGAAAUUUCUAUAUAAAAAAAUAAUGUUUAUGUGAAUUCGAUAACAGUGUUUAUCUAUUCCGCAUAUUAUAAAUUGAAUACUACUUCUAUAAAACAGGAAAAAUGGCACAAAUGAAACAACAACUACCACUUCAAAUGCCAGAUUUAAGUAGUCUUCGCAUAACUACAGCUGUUUCCAUGCUUGGUAAAGCAUAUGGAUGUGGACAGUGUAGUGCUCCUCCACCUGGACCCACAACAAGUUCUUCUGUUGGUGCAUCUGGAGCAACUGGCAGUAGUGUUGUAGCUCCAGGUUCUUUAGGACUUGUUUCCACACAACAAACACACACUCCUCCUCAACCUCCUGAACUGCCAAUGUUUUCAUGUCCUCGAAGACCAAACAUAGGACGUGAAGGCAGACAAAUUACCUUAAGAGCUAAUCACUUCCAAAUAACAAUGCCACGUGGUUAUGUGCACCAUUAUGAUAUUAAUAUCCAACCUGAUAAAUGUCCUCGUAAAGUUAAUAGGGAAAUAAUAGAAACAAUGGUUCAUGCAUAUAGUAAAAUAUUUGGAACUCUUAAACCCGUAUUCGAUGGCAGAAAUAAUUUAUAUACAAGGGACCCCUUGCCUAUCGGUACGGACAAAAUAGAAUUAGAAGUAACACUGCCUGGUGAAGGUAAAGAUAGAGUUUUUAGAGUGGUGAUAAAGUGGCUGGCUCAAGUUUCACUGUUUGCUUUAGAAGAAGCUUUAGAAGGGCGUACAAGACAAAUCCCAUAUGACGCUAUACUUGCUUUAGAUGUUGUAAUGAGGCAUUUACCAUCUAUGACAUAUACUCCAGUAGGUAGAUCAUUCUUUAGUACACCAGAUGGAUAUUACCAUCCAUUAGGUGGUGGUAGAGAAGUUUGGUUUGGUUUUCAUCAAUCUGUUAGGCCAUCCCAAUGGAAAAUGAUGCUAAACAUUGAUGUUUCUGCAACUGCAUUUUAUAAAGCACAACCUGUUAUAGAAUUUAUGUGUGAAGUAUUAGACAUUCGAGACAUAGGUGAUCAAAAGAGACCCUUAACAGAUUCUCAGCGAGUUAAAUUUACCAAAGAAAUUAAAGGACUUAAAAUUGAAAUCACACACUGUGGGACAAUGAGGCGAAAAUACAGAGUGUGUAAUGUUACGCGUAAACCUGCUCAAAUGCAAUCAUUCCCGUUACAAUUAGAAAAUGGACAAACAGUCGAGUGCACGGUUGCAAAAUAUUUCUUAGACAAAUAUAAAAUGAAAUUGCGACACCCAUAUCUUCCAUGCCUUCAAGUUGGACAAGAACAUAAACAUACAUAUUUGCCACUUGAGGUCUGUAAUAUUGUUGCUGGGCAACGUUGUAUCAAGAAAUUGACCGAUAUGCAGACCUCUACUAUGAUAAAAGCUACAGCCCGGUCUGCUCCAGAUCGUGAACGAGAAAUAAAUAACUUAGUUAGAAGAGCUGACUUUAAUAAUGAUUCAUAUGUUCAAGAAUUUGGUUUGACGAUAUCAAACAAUAUGAUGGAAGUUAGGGGUCGUGUUUUGCCUCCACCCAAGCUACAGUAUGGAGGGCGCGUAAGUUCCCUCAGUGGACAGACGAAGCAGCAGGCUAUACCUAAUGGUGGUGUUUGGGAUAUGCGAGGCAAGCAAUUUUUCACAGGUGUGGAAAUUAGAGUUUGGGCAAUUGCUUGUUUCGCUCCACAAAGAACUGUACGCGAUGAUUCAAUACGUAAUUUUAUAGCACAAUUACAAAGAAUAAGCAAUGAUGCUGGGAUGCCAAUUAUUGGGCAACCAUGUUUUUGUAAAUAUGCUACUGGGCCAGAUCAAGUAGAGCCCAUGUUUAGAUAUCUAAAAGCGACAUUUUCAUCAUUACAACUUGUUUGUGUUAUAUUACCUGGAAAAACACCUGUAUAUGCUGAAGUCAAAAGAGUAGGAGAUACAUUAUUGGGUAUGGCAACGCAGUGUGUACAAGCAAAAAAUGUUAAUAAAACGUCACCACAGACGUUGUCGAAUUUAUGUUUGAAAAUUAAUGUAAAAUUAGGUGGUAUUAAUAGUAUUCUAGUACCCACUAUCAGACCGAAAGUGUUUGAUGAACCUGUUAUAUUUUUUGGAGCUGAUGUGACUCAUCCUCCUGCUGGAGAUAAUAAAAAGCCUAGCAUAGCGGCAGUAGUUGCUAGUAUGGAUGCUCAUCCAUCUCGGUACGCAGCUACUGUUAGAGUUCAACAACAUAGACAAGAAAUUAUUCAGGAACUUAGUUCAAUGGUGAGGGAACUCCUUCUUAUGUUCUAUAAAAGCACUGGUGGAUAUAAACCACUUAGGAUAAUUCUUUAUCGCGAUGGUGUCUCAGAAGGUCAAUUUCUUCAUGUUUUACAACACGAGUUAACUGCCAUUCGAGAAGCUUGUAUUAAACUUGAAGCUGAGUAUAGACCUGGAAUAACAUUUGUUGUAGUCCAGAAGAGACAUCACACUCGCCUAUUUUGUUCGGAAAAAAGAGAUCAAAGUGGUAAAAGCGGGAAUAUACCAGCCGGUACAACAGUUGAUGUCUGUAUAACGCAUCCAACUGAAUUUGACUUCUAUUUAUGUAGUCACCAAGGCAUCCAGGGCACGUCUCGACCAUCACAUUAUCACGUUUUAUGGGAUGAUAAUCGUUUUGAAAGUGAUGAAUUACAGUCUCUAACGUAUCAAUUAUGUCACACGUAUGUCAGAUGUACGAGAUCUGUUAGUAUACCUGCACCAGCAUAUUAUGCUCAUCUCGUAGCAUUCCGAGCCAGAUAUCAUUUGGUAGAAAAAGAGCAUGAUAGUGGAGAAGGAUCUCAUCAAUCUGGCUGUAGCGAAGACAGAACACCAGGUGCAAUGGCAAGAGCUAUCACAGUUCAUGCAAACACAAAGCGGGUUAUGUACUUUGCAUAAUUCUUCUUUGAAUUUUUCUUAGACACAUAAGCAAAAUAGUAAAAAUAAUAAAAAUGAUACCAUAAAAUGAUAAUGAUCAUCAUAUCUUGCACGUUGAUAUUUUUAGACUGCUUGAAAUGCUGGACAAUCUUCUUGAGUGGUCAACUUUUUUGCUUACUUUUAUAAUCAAAUAAAUCUGCCUAAUACCUAAAAAUAUGUCGAACAAUUUUAUAUUAAGCUUCUUUUUUUCUUGUUUUUUUUUUUAUUUAAUAUAUUGUCGACUAGGUUUUGGACAGAUUUUUUAACACGUUAGGAAGUAGGUAUUAAACGAGGUGCUUUUAGUUAAUCAUGUUUUAGAUUGAUGCAGCUUGACUGUCGGAUAGUUUCGCGAUAAAAACCACAUGAACGAAUAAUUUAAGAAUCCGUGCUGCCGUGGAUAUUACGCUUAUUUCUUUUUUUUUUUUUUUUUAGAGGUUGAAUUUCCUCUAGCAUUUGUAUGAUACAAAAAGAUCGUAUUACAACAUAAAUUCACGAUUGUAUAAAUCGCUUCUGCAAGACUGUUAUCUUGUUGUUUAUAUAUAGUUGUCAUUUGUAUCAGUCAUUUUUUGUAAAAAGGAAAAAUAAAAAAGACGUGGACUUUCAAGUCACACUCACGACUAUAAAAUAUUGGCAUGUAAAGUCUAUUUUGCUUCAGCAUAUUCGUUAUUAUGCUUAUGAGACUAUGUUCUUUACAAAUAACAUACUUAUCAUAUCUAUCAUAUUUAUCAUAAGCAUUAAAAAAUUUGGCCACAUCAAGCAAUGAUUUGUCAAUAGAGAGAUACAAAUAAAUAAAAUUUGUAAAUGUUAAUUGUGAAGGUCUACAAAUCAAUGGCCAAAAUCUGUUAAGAAUUUUUAAUAAAAUUCAAAGUUGUGGCAAAUUGAUAAAACAUAGUGUUAUGUAAUAUGUUUAGUCUCAUAAAGAACAUUGUGCCACAUUUGCUAAAUAAUAUCUUUUGUAUGACUUAAACUUGAAUGAAACUAAAUCUAAUGUCAUUUUUGGGAUUGUUUAGAAUAUCUAAAAGAUUGACCUAUAUACAAACACAGAUCAAGAAUUUCUCAUGUGACUAAGAAAAACUUCAAAUGAAUGAUAUGUAAUUAAGAAUUGUUCUUCAUAAUAAUAAGUAGAAUGAAAUAUGGUUUGAUCAUUGAAUUAUAAUUAUGUAAAAGAAUAGUAUGUUACACAUACAAACAAUUUAACGUUAUCAACUGAAAAUCCAGAGACACAUAUUUUAUUCUUCUCUUUUUUUAGUUGCACAAACAUUAUUCUUUGUAUAUGGAGCGAAAAUUAUUGCGUAGCUUGAACUGUGGUAGUACUUUAUUCAUAUCGACGAAGGUAAACGAAUACCUUCUAUCUGUAUGUUUGAAAUAUGAAACAUCUCUUCAAGCAAGGCAAGUACUUUUAAAUGAAACCUAUAUGGCAUUAGAUCCUGGCUGAUAAUGAUUCUCUAUUGACACGGAAAAUGACUUGAUUAAGAAUAGAAUAAGGUAAUUUAAUAAAUACAAAGUUAUUCAAAAUAUAACAAGAAAUUAUUAGGAUAAGCUUUACGUUAUUUAUCGUGUAAUGCGAGUUUUAAGGUCCUCAAGUUUUUAUUUCAAAGAAUUCAUCAUUCGUGAUUCAUAUGCAAAUGGAACUAUGUAAAUGGAACAAUAAUCUUAAUCGAAACAAUAAUUGUGUUAAGAGCCUUGUAAGUAACUACAAUGUAGAGGCAAUAGAUAGGACAAUGAAGCGUAUAAGUAUGUAUUGACGUGCCCCACAAAUCGUUUAUUAUAUACCGUUAGAAUCAUUAAUACACUAGUAAAAUUUUUGAUAAUUUUCGUUGUUUUAAAUAUAAUAACACAGGUAAUUCUUUAAAAUGAUAAUUUAAUUUUAUUUAACACAGAGCAGUAUUAAUAACAUUUAAACAUCAUAUCAUUGCACGACGAGGCAAAUUAUAAAAUUGUGGAACUUGUUAAAGGUUUUUAACAAAUAUCCGUGAUAGAGUUCUACAAAUUUUAUUUAAUGUAGGAGCCAAUUUAUAAAUAGACAAUAAAUGCAAAAAUUCUACUCUAACGUUUGGUAUUUUAAUAGAGAUCUCAAAACACAACAGGAAAAAGAUCAUUCCGAAAAUAUUAAUUAUUGGAAUUGCAAUUUUAGCACCUGAAAUUUGUAGAACUUUGUGCAUUAAUGAUUCUAAUUUUAGAUUUACAAGCGAUACAAUGUUAAUAUUAUCUCGGAAAGUAUGAAAAGGACCUUAAUCUAUCAGUAAUAUUUAUUCUAAUUAUAAAUUUAAGUCUAUGCCGUAGGUUAUCACUUGUAAUCAUAAUGUUUAAUGCCUAGCUUUUGACUUUAUGACAGAUUAGGUAAUUUGUUAAAUAUGAUUUGAUUAUGAGUAAAGGUCUGAAUAUAAUCUUUGAACGUUCACAACGAUAGUUCAGUGGUUGAAUCAGUUCCAAGCAAUUAAAGGCAGCAGGUAAACAGAAGCAAAUAAUAUAAUCAGUAUAGAAAGUAAAAGAGAAGUUGCGAGUUCUGACUAAUGGAAAGAAAAUAAAUUUAUUAUUCUCACGGGUGUGAAAAUACCAAAAUGUAGAACAUGAAAAGUUUAAAUAUUAAUGAAUUACGAAUCGAUUUGAAUCGUAAUAAGGCCAUAUGGAUCUAGAUUACAUUUAAGUCAAUUUAAGUGCUACAAAAUGUUGCAGUGUAAAUAUAAUCGGUGCGCAAGUAAAUACCAAAAUUGACAUCGAUGAAGUAAAAGAUCAAAAGAUCAAAAGUAAAGCAUUCAUCAAUUAUGUAGUUUAAAGUAAAGUAUUCGUCAUUUUAUUAUUCACAUUUCGUAUCUCGAUCUAAGCAAUCCUCUCUAACGAGAUUCUUUUCUUAUGGGCUUGCGCUGACAUUUGAUAUUUUCCUGCGCCCGAUCAAGAAUUAGCCUCCAUUUGUAAAUAUACCUCAGUAAUUUAUCAAUACAUCACUAUCCCAUUUAGUAAAUAAUGCUCGGCGGGCAACAGGUGGAACGUUAAGAACGAUUUUUGUCAUUCUUAUUUUAACAAGAUGAAUUCACGUAUUAGUUAUACAUUGCUUAUCGAUCUUUUACAUCUGAUAUAAAAAAGAAUGUUACAUUAGAAUAAAUAAUAUUUCGAUCAAAAUUCAAUUUUGAUAACGUACAUGAAUUUACGCAGCAUGUUGUAAACUUGCACUUACAAGAAAUCACGAGGCAAUUUAGAAAAGACAGACAGGUUUAUUAAAUGAUCUUUACUUAGUAUAUAAUAAAAUAACCGAGUCUAUUCACAAAACAAGAAUUUACUUCCUAUCACGAGUCCCGAAUAUUUUAAGAUAAGGCAAAUAAUUUAUAUUUGUAUACCUACAAUAUAUAUAUAUAUGUGUACAUAUAUAUAUGCGUAUAUAUGUAUAUACAUCUACGUAUACAUAUAUAUAUGCAUAUGUGAAGAUUAACUGUACUGCAUUUGUUAACAAAUGCCAUGUGCAAAGAAUAGAUAUGAAUUAUACAACACCACCAGGAGUAAGGUGACGAUAAAUAUCCUUGUAUUUCGAAGAGCUUUACAGGUUACAUCGCAAUCAAUUGUAUUUGCAAGUGAUCGAUUUUCGUGAUCUAUUAUCAUGACUUUCGUGAUUUCGUAUAUAUAAUUAAUAAGCUGUAUCGUCUUUGAAAAAGAUAUGUCUUUAUCUUGUUCUCAAAAGAUCAUCGUAAUCGUCAGUGUUUUUAAGUGGCGUUCAACGAUAAACUUAAUAAAAAUUAAGCAAGUUCGAUUUCGAUAAAUUAUGAAUUAUUGACACCAUUGAAUGUUUAUCAAAUCAUUUUACAGUAUAAAUAUUAAUUCGUUAUCGAUCCCACUGUACCAUUAUCUCUGCACAAAAUCAUGUAGGUAAAUUGUGAUUCUUUCUUUUAGCCUUUGUAACUGGCAAAGCGCCACCAAAGACCUUGACGUUGUAAUAUUAUGAUUUUCAACAAAUAUUACGUAGGUUUACGAUAAAGGGAAAAAUUGUAUUAACGAGAUUAGUACGAUGUUAAACGGAUAUUGGUCAACUUCCAGGAAAUGCAAAUAAUUCGACUUGUAAUACUUGUAAAAAAAUACUUGUAAUGUCUUAAGGAAAUAGAAAUUAGGGUAUAUAGUGACGAAGAGAGAUAUUAGUACGGACAAUACAGAACUGUGUAUAAAUAAUGAAAAACUAUUAUCUCGUUUUUAGAACGUUUCUAAAUUGAAUAUUUUACCAACUUUUUAUCUUACUUGAAUGUCUCGAGUGAUCAUACGGUUAUCAAAAACAGUAGAAUGUACAUUGGUAACUAUUUGCACCGAAGCAAGAAUGUAUAUUAGUACUUUUAUGGUUUUACAUGGUAAAUUGUUAAAUUAGUUUGCUUUUAUAUUUUGUGUUAUAUACAUAACUUUUUUUUUAUUGUUUCUUAAACCGUAUCAAACAUCGGAUGUGUUUUAUAAAUAAUUAUCUACCGUAUUAAUUACAUGUAUUAUCAGAUCGUUCUUGAGACUACGUGUCAUUGUUUUAAACGUGAUUGUACUAUUGUUUUAGUCUUUUUCUCUAAUUUAAAUCAAACAUAUUUGCUAAUGUUUAGAUUCGUAACGUUGAAAAUAAGAAUUCUCUUUUAAAUCUCAUUCUUUUAUGUUUCUAUAUAUGAUAUAUUUCCAAACAUAGACAGUCCAAGAAGUGGUCUGUUCAUCGCUAUAUACUUGCAUAAAGAAAGAAACAAGAGAAUCGAUAGCUUCGUAUAAUACACGAAGAAGUUGUAUAAUAUUUUUCCAAUACUUUUUGUUUGCUUUUCCUACGAGGUUCCAACCACUAGCCGUUAUCCUUUUCUUUGUGAAAAUGUUAAAACUUUAUCAUAGCAUAAGUUUACUUCGCUUAAGCACUCAAAAAACAUACACGUGUGAAGGUGCUUAGGGGUAUAAAUGACAAAAAAAUAUUAGCUUUAAGAAUGCCAGCAACCUGAACAAAUUCAGUGAUGUCGUUCCCAAUGAAUUUUAUGAUUCAUCAUAAUAUAGUAUCGUAGUUUUAGGGUUGUCUAAUUAAAUCCGUUUUAAAAUGCGAAUGUGAAUAACCAUAUUGAAAUAAGGGGGUAACCGAGUAACAAUGAUGAUUAAUGACAAUGAUAAUAAUUAGCUGACUGUAAAAGUAACGCUUUAUAGGCUAAGCUAACUUGUAUAAUUUCUUGUUGAGCGUGCUCUGAUUUCUUGUCUACACGCGCUUCUUCAUCAGUGAUCUCAGAGGAUGUUUGCGCACCUUCUAUUACGUUGCUAUGUGUUUAAGCACGAGCUCUCUUUAACCCUUUCGUACCAGUGAGCUCGAGCACCUUAAUUACUGUAAGGAAAGGUUUAUGCAAAUUUGUGAUUUCAAAGUAAUGUAAAUUGCAAUUAAAUACGUUUGCCGUUUGUAGGAAGCCUCUCGGACGACUUUAAUUCUAUCGUUACAAGAAUAUCGAUAGUUUGCAAAUUCCUUUAAUUGCAUCAGCGAUCAAUCUUUCACAUCCACGCUUAAUAUUAUCAUCGAUCGUAUGGAUGGAAAACUGAUUUCUGGAAAUUUCAUGAGAUUUGUUAAUUUUUUAACUUCAAUGAAAGUUAAUUCAACCAUUUUAAUUAAAAGUACGUUUAGUUAACAAACUUUCUCUUACGAGUUUCGAUUAUCGAAAAAGGAUUGUUCUUCUUUGAUGAUAUUUCAAAAAAUCGAUAUUUACGUAUCACAAACAUUUGCACAUUCACAUAAACAUAUAACAAAUACAAGAGUUUCUUUUGCAAGCUAAAGGCUUUCUUUUUUUGCAAGCUUUACAUAUAAUGUGAUCUAUCGACUAAAAUGAAAAUAGCAUUUAUUAUCGUGUCAAUCCAGUCUAGUGAUUUGUUGUAAUCGAUGAACGUUUUAUACAUAUAAUUUUCAAUGAGGAACUAAUUUUGUAAGCUGACUAGAAGCAGCGUCUUUGACCAGUACUCUAUUAACUACAUCUAUAUAGCGGGUGAAAAAUUGUGCGAGGAAACAUUAAGAUUACGAAUGAAUAAAUCGGAAGAGUGUAAAAGUAGCGAUGUUGAGCGCAUCUAAACUACAAUUGGCUGCCUCGAAGGGUGUCGUCGACGAGUAAACAAUGUAAAUAGAAGAAAUAAAAAGAUGGUAAAGGCGACGCGAUGGUCGAAACUUUGAAUCGUCAAAGUCCACGACAGAUGCCAAUUGUAGCGAAGACGAGACAUCAACCGCUUAUUUUCGAAGCUUUUAUUUAAAAUUUUUAUCGGCUAACAUUUUAUGCGAACUAUUUUAGUUUUUAUUUUUUUUUUUUUUUUAUUUUUUUAAUAUUAAGAGUGUGAAAGCGAGGGAAACGUUCGAAUACUACUGUACCUGUUGGAUUUUGAAAAAAAAAAAAAGAUACAAAUCCAAAAAAAAAUAAUCGAAAUGUUUAUUUGCAAAAAAUUACACUUCUCAAAGGCUUUAUUUAUAUGGAAGAUUUUUUUAUAGAAGUAAUUUUUGGGUUUUGUAUCGUUUUAAAUAUAUGUUAUGUACGUUUACUGGUAUGUUUAUUUUUUGCGUUCUAAAUAAUACGAACUUUUGCAAAUUACAGAUAGAUAACUUUGUAAUAGCAGAUGCUUGUUUAAUUUUUUAAUCGAAUUUAGAAUUAAAUAAUGGGUUUUGGAACGAUGGACAUUAUUAUUUUAUCAUUUGAAAUUGUUAUUUAUUUUCACUCAAGUUUGCUCGUAAACUUUCCAGAAUAAGAUACGUUACACGAUCAGGACGCUAAGCGUAUGGCUUAUUUAUACACGUUUUGAGGACGAUUUAAAAAAAGAAGAAGAAAACAUAAAAUACGCGUCAUCGAAAUAAUUGUGACAUUAUUAGAACAACGUCGUCCGUCCUACAAACUGCCUUGUUCAACUAAAUUCGACGUCCCACUGGAUAGAAAAAAUUGUAUAAAUCUUCCUUAUAUCUACAAGUGCCUGGCGCUUUAUCUGCGCGUGUUCGACGUGGCAAGUAAUAAGUUUGAAUUUAUUAAUGCGAAUACAGAUUUUUCAAAUUUUAAAGAGCGUGAAAGAGCGCGGAAGAAAGAUAGAGAACCUCGAAAUAAAAAGAGUGAAAGGGAGAGAAAGAGAAAAUGCGAGAACGAGAGUGAAACGUUGUAAUACAUGUAUGUGAAAACAAAAAAUCUAAGAAACCGAGGUGACCAUUUUCUGAGUUUCGUAGUUGGACAUCCAACCUUCACGUACAAUAAAAAUUUACAUAUUGCACAAUACAACUAUUACGUAUUCCAGUUUCUAUAUAAUAUGUAUGUAACGUGUUGUGUGAGUUGCAUAUUAUUAUAUAAUAUAAUGACGCAUCUCGUUGGCCCUCUACAAUCCAGGUAAGGUUCGAGCAAGGAACCUUAGGAAAAAUUUGUUUGUUUCCGAGACUACUGUAAAUAUCGUUGUAACAUAUACCACUGUGCAAUUAUCGUUCUAAACAUACAUAUUAUAAAAUAGGACGAUUCUUUCGAAUAAAUGUUCGUAUUAUGGGUAUUACUAUAAUUAAGAGUAAGACGGUAUGUAGAAGGUUUUAAAAAUAUUCAAUUAGAUUUUAAAGGUGUGCGCAGUUUCGCUUCACGGCAGUGGAGCUAGAAAAAUUGAUGUAAUCUUUCCCGAAUGCUUCUUUUUGUAGUUUUAAGUCUUUAAAGUUUUGUAUAAGCCGAGUAUAUACGGAAGCGUUCAGAAAUGACUUUAUACAAAAAUUUGAAAACGUUGGCUCGUGAAUCCCCAAGUACAUGUAUGUGUAUAUAACAAAUUCCUUGAUAUAUAAUAUAUAAUGAUCAUCGUUAAAACAUAGUUGACCGUCUGGUAAGUUUUCGGAGAUACAUAUUUCUAAGUAAAAUAGACAAGUUUAAAGAAUAGAAACUCAAGGUCAUUUCGGACAUUCCUUCUGUCGUAUAAUCUUUAAAGAUGUCGACUCAACGACGAAGCAUUUGUGGUUUUACGAUUUUACGUUCGUGCAUAAAUGUACACUCUAUAUAUUUUUAUCAUUCUACACUUUUAGACUCGCUAGACAAUUUUAGGAAUCAUUGUUCGGAUCUAUUUUGUCAGAAACACGAGUCACACGAAAUGUACGGAAGUUAUAGAGAAUUGUAGAGGGUUCGGAUACGUGUAAUAUGAAAUAGCUGUAUUAUGAUAUGGAUUCUAGCACCAAUAAAACAAUCUGAAAUUAAUUUUUUGCACUUGAA